GUUAGGACGAGACAGAUUUAUCGGAUACCAGGUUAUUAUAAACCCAGCACACUGUGGGAGAUGUGUUACACGUAGCGCUCGUUGGCUUUUUAUUGUGAACUUGGAGAAUGUUAAGUGUCAGAAAGUCGCUGUCAACUUGCUGAAAGCUAACCGGUUAGCUGGAUGGCUAGUCAUAAUGAAGUGCUGGGCAUUGUCGGACGUUCAGCUCCGACUCAGGCCGACGCUGCUUUAGCUCUCCCGCUGUCUCUGACAUCACGCCUGGCGCUGACGACAUGAGAUGUACGCACAACUUUUUAUCAUCAACACCGUCGCUGCCUACAUUUUGCCCGACAAUGAACAGCGAACGCAGUAACUGCAGGCCGCAGUUUGCAGACAAUGGCGAGCUAACGCCGUUAGCCUGCUAAGAAGCGAAGCUGUUGGGUCUGGAGCCGUGUUUGAAGCUGCACUGAGAGGAGAAUAAACCCCCGCCGAGGUUUCUCCAUCAUGGAUCAGUCAGAGCAAAUCCCAGCAGCUUGUUGGCAACCACUGUUCCUCAACCAAGCCAUGACAGUGACUUACCAAAAGCAACCGUCACAACAGCUCAUCUCUGACCCUGUGACUGCUGAGGAUGGGGUCACUAAUGGGACCUGUGAAGAGGAGUCGGCUUUGUGUCCCUUUGACACUGGAGACGUCUUUGCUGGGAAUAAUCACCUGACGGUUAAAAAUGAGGACCUUUCAGAGUUUUCUAACAGUGACCUCUCUCUGCCCGAGGUCUGCGUUUCCACCAACAGCAACAGCUGUGAGGAGGACGAAAUGAACCACGAGGUGCAACAAGCUUACAAGAUAUUCACUGGGUUUCUGUUGGAUAAGCACAAAGGGAUCACGAGGCCAUUCCUUCAUCCCAUUGGCCACCAGGAAGCCCAGCGUUGUAUCGAAGCGGUCCAGGACCGGGGUCCGGCACAGCUGAAGCAGUCAAUGUGUUUGCAACGAAUGGAAGAGAAGUUCGUUAGCCAAGAGUAUGAGACAAUAACAGAGUUUGUGGCAGACUUUCGUCUGAUGUUGGAGAACUGUUAUCGCUACCAUGGGGUGGACCACUGGAUCUCCAAACAGGCCCAGAAGCUGGAAAUCAUGCUUGAGCAAAAGCUUACAUUGCUGUCUAGGACACUCAGAGAGAAAACAACUCUGGCCGUGACAUCUAGAGGGCGUUUCUGUGCAGAAGAGGAACGGGGCCAAGGAGGCACCUCCACCAGAAGAAGGCUGGCCCCUCGAAGCCUGGCUACUAUUACUGUGGGGGGUCAUGAAUCUAUAAUGGUUCAUACCUUACGGCUAGAAGAGCAACAGAGGGCCAAAGAGGAGAAGAGGCAACGUGAGCUUGAAAAGAAGGAAGCAGUGGAAACGUCUGCCAAGGAGGUGGACAAGUGGGAGCAUACUCUGCUGUCACAGGCCUCACCCCACACAGUGGAUGCACUUUGGGAAAUCCCAGCUAUAGGUCAUUUCCUCUGCCUGGCUCAGACCGCCCUUAACCUGCCGGAGAUUGUAUUUUUUGAGCUGGAGCGUUGUUUGCUGAUGCCUCGCUGCAGCUUGCUCCUCUCCAAAAUCAUGUCUUCCCUACUGUCCACAUCCCAGCGGAGGGCCAGCGUGAACCGUCGGCCUCCACUGCCUUAUCGCCACUGGGAAUCGGAGCUCAGACAGCGGGUCAUGGGCUGGUAUCGAUGUGUUGGAGCCUCCCAUGACCAGCCUGGGCGUGCUGAGCAGCUGGGACUCUGUCAGCAGUUUUUCAGCACCCUUGGUGAAGUGAGUCCUUUGGAGGAGAAACCUUUUCACUUGUUACCCUUUUACCAGCGAGUGUGGCUUCUGAAAGGCCUGUGUGAUCACGUGUAUGAGACGCAAAAGAGUGUGCAAGAUGCCGUCCUGGCCCAGCCCAUCCACGAGUGUAGGGAGUCAAUAUUGGGUUAUGACAGCAAGGAGAAUGCCUACAUACAUUUCCCACACUUUUGUGGGGCAGAUCUAAGGAUAUACCGUCAGAGCCCCAGCUCUCCUCCGGCUUUUCCAUUCCCUUCAUUGUUGGUGAAAAAGGUUGCAAUAGAACCUGGAACAAAAGGUGUGACGUAUGAGGCUGAGAGAAAAAAAAGCGAUGGAGAGUGUUAUGGAGACUCCGUCAACACCAGGGAGUUUGAAUUUCAUGAUUUUGGAAGGAGUAAAUCAGAGACGUUAGGCGUCUUCCAUAAGGAAAACAGCAAUAAUGACGAAGAUAAAAGGUUAAAAUUGUCAUCCAUAAAAAAGGAGGAAGGCUCUGGAUCUGGAUCUUCUGAAGGUGAAUCGCUUGAAGACUCUAAAAUGGACCAUAAUAAGAACUCUAACAUCUCAACCCCUUUUAACACUAAUCACACGGAAAGAUGUGGCACAAAAACAAUGACUAAGGAAGAGGAAGUAAAGCUACAGCUUCAGCCUGUCACAGUGAAAAAGGAGCGGAAGUGUUCACUGUCAGUCAUUGGCAACAGUAAAGGAGAGACACGUGAGCCCUGUCUGAGUGUUGGGGAACACAGUUACACAGGAAGGUCACCAGCCCGGUCGGUGAAUCCAACCGCCUCAACUGACGCAGUAGAACUUAACAUAAAGGAAGAAAGCCCCAGUCUGGGACGACGAAAAGAUUCCUGUGUGGAAUGUUUCAAAAACAAAAUAAACCAGGUAUCCAACUGCUCCUGUGACACAUCACGACACACAACACAGUUGUUCUACGAGAGAACUCAUAAAUUAGGUGAAAAGAGCACCGGUGACAUAAUUUGGACUAAAAAGAAAAAGAGGAAGAAAAAACGGGAACACGAACAGCUGUCAAAGAUAAGAGGAAAGCACAAGCGGCUGCAGCACACGGACCAGACCGGUCUGUCCUCGGCUGAUGCUGCCCAGUCUGCACCCAGAAGAGUUUCACCAACGGUCAGCAGAAAAGACAAGAAGAAAAGACAUAGAACAGGAAAGAAACUCGACGCUACAAAGAAAAUAUCAGAUGAAUCUCCAGUUGAACCAUCCUUCAAAUUGGUGUGCAGCAAUCUGGACGAGUUAAGGGACCUCAUCAGCAAGACAGAAGACGAGCUCGAUGAUUUGGAAAGCACCAAAAAGAGACUGGGUCGGUGGUAUUACAGGAAAGAAGCAGUAAAAGAACUCCACAGCACUCUUAUCAGACUACUGAAUGAGCUGUUACCAUGGGAACCCAGACUUGUUAAGGCCCAUCAAAGGAACAGGCUCCGUUUGAAGAAGGAAUUUGAUGAUUUUAAAAAGCACCCGGAGUACAACAACUUUGUGCGUGAAGAGCGUUUCACAUCAUCAUCAUCAUCAUCAUCUUCGGAUGAAGAUGAAGAGAAGGGCCUAGGGAGGAACCUGCUCUCUGUUGUGGAUCAUUAUAGAAAAUCAGAAGAGGAAGACCUGGAACAUUUGGUUCCCAGAGGACUUUGGAGUGGAGCUAAAACCAGGGAGAUUGGGGCUGAAGCUGCAGACGAAACAGCGUCAACCUACUUGUCUCCUACACACUUGAGAAAACUCCAGGUCAACGUAGAGAACGGCAUUGAUCCACUCUCGAGACCUCAGGCUGUGAGCAGAGGCACUGCUUUUGUUGCGAACUCUGGUCCACAAGCUAGAACUGAAGGGAUCUCAUCAAAUCAGUCCACAGAUUCAAGUUCAUCGUGGGCAGCAGCGAUGCCGCUCCAAAGUCCUUUGUCAUCCAUAUCAACGAUCCUUCACCCCACGACUGGACUACCUAAAGGUUACACACCGAUCCCAGUCUUACUGGCUAAAAGUGUGGGAAACAAAGUGACCUUAAUGAAACGACCUGCUGAUUGUGCAGGAUUUAACAGUGUUGAUGCACAGGGCAGAGGGACUUUGGUCUCCCCACCUACCUCUGUAAUGGAUAAGGCAAAGAUUUCAAAAACACAACUUUGGCCUUCCAGUUCACAGAAGGACUUGGAACAAAUAAAGGCUCAAAGACAACAACAAGCACAUUUACAGUUGGAGGUGGCUCCAGUCACGAAAGCUCUUGGUACAGAACAGCAGACAAAACCAAACCAAGCUGUACCAAAAAGUCCGGUUCAAGUGGUACGCAGGUCUCCUCAGGUUCCUGGUCAUCAGGAAGGAAAGGACGGCAACAGCAGCAGCACCGUUGGUCCAUCUGUUAACCCUGGACAGACAGUCAUGCGACAAGUGGUUAUUCUGACGUCUUUACAUCAGCAACAGUCAAAAGACAUCCAGGUCCCAGUGUCUCAAGUAGUCAGCCCUGUAUGUAUGUCCACCGAUGUGCCUGGGUUCACCAUUCCUGAAAACAGAAUCCCUGUCCAGCCGGUGGCUCCAUUAAAAAACAACAUGACAGUCAGCAACCACUCUCCUUCUGUUUCCCCUUGUCAGCAACAGGGAAGCCUAAAAACAUCUGGAUUCAAAACGAUCCCAAUCUGCAGUCCCCAAACCAGCACGCCACCGGGUGUCAUGCCGAACCUCGGGUCUCCUUCAAGUGCAGCUCCUCCCCAACCCAUAAAAAAUACAGACCCUAAGCAGGAGUUAAAGACUGUGUGCAUCCGUGAUUCACAGUCCAUCCUGGUCACAACCAGAGGAGGCAACACAGGCAUCGUCAAAGUUCAGACCUCCUCAGACGGGGCCAUUGGUUCCAUGUCCACCAGCCCAGUCAUCACCAUUUCACCACAGUUUAAAGCCUUUCUUGUGUCAAAAACAUCCUCUUUUACAUCCUCUUGCACCAUUCCAGCAGUAAACACAAGUGUUUCAGCGGCCCAACCUCAGAGACCGGUCCCUCCGGUGUUAAAGUCAGUUCCUCUUUCCACAUCCCCUCUACAGUCCCCCUUUCACAGUACAACCACAGGUAGCAUUCCCAUUACAGGUGCAGAAAGCCAGACUAAAGGUUCUUUUGUGGCUUUAAAUCAAGCCUCAAACAUUUCAGCCUGCUCUACGGUUCCCAAGAUGAGUGGCCAUUUAGCACCGGUCACUGCUGCGUCACUAGUGAAAAGUGCAGUUGCUGUCCCGUCGCAGAGCAGUACUGCAGUUCCCCAACUUCUAACGCAGUUAGAAGUCACCAAGACUGGACUGAAACGGGUUGGCACGGAUGAAAGAGCUCAAGUUACAAAAUUCAUCCUUCUUACCCCGUCGUCAUCUCCCACAUCAAGUGAGGCCGUCUCGAAGAUAACAUCUCCCUCCAAAAAGACGCUAUCCAAUUCAAAAGUCAUGCUCAUUGGCCAACCUACUGUCACAUCUUCAAUCACCUCCAUCGGAAGCAUUCCAACGCAAACACUGGGAACGGGGGCAAGUGAGCAACUGCUAACCACUCCCUUCCCAAAUCCCACCGUAAAGAUGGGAAUAAGCCCAGAGCAGCUAAUGAGCUGUGGCUCCACAGAGGCAUUGACCAAAGUCAAGAACAUCAGUCUGCCCUCAGGGUUUCAAAUCCAGUUGGCGGGGAAGACCACAGCUAUUGGCCAGACCAUCGGUGCCCUGUCAAGUUCUCCGUCCAAGAGGACGCCGGUGUCUGUCCCACAGCCAGGCCGUCUACCAGCUACUGUCCCUGGACUGCUCCUCGUCUCCAAUUCAAAAACCAACACCACGUGGUCAACCCCACUGGCGUCUUCCCUGUGUACCCCUUCCUUCGCUGUGGUUUCCCAAAUGGCCUCAAACACGUCAACAUCUGUCGCUACCACUUUGUCGACGGGAACCAAAAAAAGUCCCUCAGAUAUGAAUCCAGUUGAGUCCUUUAGCAACUGCCCUGCUCAGUUACCCAUUACUGUACAGAGUAGCCCUGCUCAGAGGUCCACCUCACUAAUCCACCAGCAGUCCAAUGUCCAAAAUGACGUUGUUGAGGACAGGUUCUCAUUGCCCAACCCGCUUGCUCCUAAUACGUCUCUCUCCUCUGGAACGUGCGCCCCAUCCAUCACGUCUGCUGCUGGAACAAUCCAGCAGAGAAUAGUCAUCAACACCUCCGCACCGCUUGCUGCUGGUACACAAAUCAUUCUGAACAACACACGCUUUGUGGUCCCUUCCCAAGGUUUAGGUCCAGGCAGCCAUGUUCUUAUCAUCUCUGGUCCUGCACCACCACAAGUGCCUCCUGCGAGUGCUGCUGGCACAAGUGCAUCAGCACCGCCCCAAGUGGCGAACCAUGCCAUCGUAGCCCCGCAAGUUUUAUCCCAGCCUCCGCUCAGACCAUCGGGUGUACCAGCUGCAACUUCACCUUUCGUUGCAUGUACACCUGCUGUUAGGCCGCCCUCCACCUCGGUGUCCAGUAAAACCAUUGUGUCUGCACUACCAAACAUUUCCACUGCACGGGCCGGUGAUCUAGCAUCAACUGUUGUUGGUACAUCAGGUUUAAGUACCGUACCGGCCCUUUUUUCACCUAUGGUAACCAGUGCUCCUGCUUCCUGCAAUUCGCAGUCUCCAAUUCGGCUAGCUGCAGGCUCAGCCAUGCAGGCCGACGCCCCAUCCGCCAUUUUGCCCGCCGGCACCCACCUCUUAUCGACACCUCCGUUAUCUGCAACCGUUCCCUUGUCCAGUCCCGUCAAGCCAGUUCCUGCACUGAUAGCCUCGGCUGCCGCUCCCCUGGCAGCAGGCACACCUCUGCAUUCUUCUGUUACUCAGCAUACGGUUUCCGUGACAGCCCCAGACCAAGGAUUAAAACCUCCGCAGUCAGGAGUUAGAAUGGCUGCUCCCUCCGCAGCACCGUCACAGACCGUACUUCAGGCAGGACAAGGUCACAGGGUCAGAAAACACGCUCCUGUCGUCAUGCAGAUGCUGCUUUCAGGCACUCCUCCGACAGUGGCUGCUCCUCCAAUUGUAAAUCUGGUAUCAAGGAUUCAGACUCUUCCUGUGGCAACGGUCCCACCAAUCGGCACCACCGCUAGGACGUUUGAAACGGUACCAGUUGGGACUACACCUUCAUCUAGCAGCGAUUUAGUCCGAACUCCAGCCCAACCAAUCUCAUCAAACAACAGCACACACCCAGCUGUCGUUUCGACCGAUCAGACUUUCGACCGGACGUCAACUUCGGGCAUUCAAACCAGUGUAGCAUCCAAGCUACUGAUUAGUCCUGAUGGUGCUGUUUUGAGCACCGCUCAGCGCCAGGUCAGUCCGGCCGAGGUGACGACCUGUUCCAAACCUACGGGUGUACUCGUGGUUUCCUCCAGCAGCUCAAGUGGAACAUUGAACACCCACGAUUCCUCUCUACAACAUUCGUGGGCAAAGUAGAACCUGGUGGUAUGCGUUGCUAGUAGUUGAUCUUGGAAUUAGUCAGAGUUCUUUGUGUUUUUACAGAAAGUUGGUUGAUUUUUUUUUUUUUUUUUGUCUGACUUUUAGGAUGGAGUAAGUUCUGUUCUCUGGUUAGGUUGGUCCUCUAAUAGAGAAACUGUGUACUCACACGUAUAAGGUAAUCAGUCUAUGGUUUGUUGCCUUCAAAUAAAUGUGUCGACUAUUUCUGAUUUCAUGGCCAGUAUUGAAAUAAAAAACCUCAAAUACAGAAAAUGGUUUGAGAAAUGAGAUUGAAUAAAUUGUAAUAAGUUCCAAUGCAGUUCAAUAUCGUAAUAAUCCUGGGAUACUGUUCAUUCAGAUUCAACCUGUUCUAAAGCUUUUGUUUAAAUGUUCAGCACUUAGAAUUUUUUUUCAGCGUGUAACUGAGAGCUACGUUUUACCAUUUUGAAGUAUAAAUAGAGGAUUUGUACUAUGUGUUUGUGUCCAUUUAAAGUUUCAGUUAUUUAUUUUUACCAUAUAGAUUUUUCAAAACUAUUUACUUAGUUACACUUUCCUUGAACAAAUGUGGACGUUGGACAUUUCUGCAUGGAAAUAAACAAUGCGACUGUCCAACCAAA